AAAAUCCACCACCUCUCAGAGAAGCUCUAUCACUCUCUCUACUCCUUUCCCUUUCCCCUUUCUCAAUCUCACACACAGUCCACAGUCCACAAUGCCACAACUGGGUUUUACAGGGCAAAGCUAAAAAAUAUAGAAAUACCCUACUCGAAAAAACCCUAAUUGGAUUUUUAAAAUUGAUCGGAGAUGAAGGAUGACGAUGGCCUUCCGACGACGGCGGCGGGCGGCGGGAAGAGGGAGAGCUCCGAUUCGAGCCUAGUACUCGGGAAAGGCAGGUACAAGUUCUGGGCAUUGGCGGCGAUUUUGCUGCUGGCGUUCUGGUCAAUGUUCACCGGCACCGUCACGCUCCGGUGGUCGGCCGGGAACCUUAAUCGCUUCUCCGACGAAUUUGAUUCCCCUAUUCACGACGAUCUCGACGUCCUCGAAAUGGAGGAGAGGGAGAAGGUGGUGGAGCACAUGUGGGAUGUGUACACUAAUAGCCGUCGGAUCAGAUUACCCAGAUUCUGGCAGGAGGCCUUUGAGGCUGCUUAUGAGGACUUGACCAGUGACCUCCCUGGUGUUCGUGACUCUGCCAUUUCCGAGAUCGCAAAGAUGUCGGUGCGGUCAGUCGAUCUCGAUCCACCUCCGGUCCAAUCUGCUAGCGCACGGGAAUUUACAAAAGCACUGAAGCAUCCAGAUAAAGCUAGGGAACUCUUGUCCUCAACGAAGAGUGGUCGAUGAUAUGAAGAAUGUUAUGAACCGCAGAUCAAGUCUGCCUCAAUUAUCCUGAAAUUACAACUGCUCAUGUGUUGCCCAGAGUUUGCGAGUGGUAGUGAUGUGCAGUCAUACUCAGUUCAUGUUUUCAUAGGGAGGAAAAAAAAAACUAAACAAUGUAUUGAAUUAGGUUCUCAUUGUUCCAGUUUUGCAAAUCACAAACUUUGCCAUGGUGGUAAAAGUGAAAGAACCUAUCAAGUAGAUGAGUUAAAAGUGCAGGAAUUUUGAUAUUGAUAUUUAUUCUUAUAAAAUUUGAGUGAAAAAGAUUUAUGUA